AUGCUCGACUACCACGACGACAGGAGUGACUGGAAUGAUGGACUGGCCUUGUGCUCCUUAGUGCAUUCACUUGGUGCUUCCGUAGAGGACUUUGAGCACCUGAGCAGGGAUCGAUCACAGUGGGAGUCAAACUUGCAAAAGGGUAUCAAUGGCGGCAAAUACCUAGGCGUGGAUCCCCUACUGACAGCCAAGGAGCUAGCAGACCCUGAAGUACAGCCAUUAGGUGUGAUGGCAUACGUAGCUAGGUUCCAAGGCAUCUCACCGAAAAGGAGGCCCCGGGAUAAGCUCACCGUCACAGGCACCGACCUCAAUAAUGUCCACGUCAACAAACCGGCUCACUUCAAGGUGCACAUAAAGGAAGGCAAAGUGGACCUGAGGCAAGUUCGAGCCGAAGUUCGAGGUCCGUCACUCACUCCCGUAGAGUGCAAGCUUCAACUGAACCAGAACGGGGGUUCAGGCACAUUUGUUCCUGUUGAAAUAGGAAUGCAUGCACUAAGUGUGUACUGUGAAGGAGAACUGGUAACUGGCUGCCCCAUGCACGUCCGUGUUCAUCCGGAUAUCUCACGGAUUCUUUUCUCUGGCAUCGACCCUUGCGCCCUUGGAUCUUUGGUUGAAGUACUAAUUAGUUCCAACGGGGCUGGAACAGGCAAUAUCCAUGUAGAGGCUGUGGCACCAAGUGGCAAGACUAUGGAAUGCACUGUCAAGGAAACUGAUGGUGUUUUCACGUCUACGUUUAUGCCAAACGAAAUUGGUGAAUGGAAAAUCGAUGUCACUUAUUCUGGUGAGCACAUCCAAGGCAGCCCCUUCACAUGUUACGUUUAUGACCCAACGCAAGUCACAAUCAAUGGCCCCAGUGCUGUCCAGAUGGGUAAAGAAGUGGUUUUUGAGUGCGACGCCAGUCGUGCUGGUUGGGGCAAGGUUCAGCUGGAGGUACAAAUCGAUGGCCACAAUGUUCCAGUCAGCAUCGAUGAGAGAGGCGAUGGCAUCUACGUAGUCUCAUUCUUACCUUCAAGAGAAGGCCACUACAAGAUUUUUGCCACAUUCAACAACGUUGAUGUACAUGGCUCUCCAUUCACAAUAGUCUCCACUGCUGACGAACCAGAAUCUCCAAGUUCGCUCAACGAUGCCUUCUUCACUCGCACGCUAACACCAAGCGGAGAUCGUGUGUCCAGCUCCACGUCAUCUUUCCUCCCUUCCUCCCUCGCAUCCUCUCGGGUCACAUCCCCAACAAAGACUGAUCCCGACGGUCGCGUGUCGCGCAAUGCUCUCGAGUUCCUUCAGUCCCGCAUCGAGACGACGACAACCACACGACAAGAGACAAGCGUCACCCACGCAACGAGAACAAACGUGGAAAGUGCGGCAAGCAGAACUGUUUCGACGCCACCUCGAGGUGCCACGCCUGAGCGGCCCUCGUCACGACACAUGAGCAAGGCGCCACCGCCUCCUACACCGAGAAAGCCUGCGCCAGCUGUCCCGUCGCCAUCUGUUCGAAACCAGAGCCGAGCACUGUCCGAGGAGCGGAAUGGGAACAGGGAAGAGCAGUUUUCAAACUCAAGGAAUUCCUCAACACUGGAGCGGCGCAAAAGUCCGGAGAUGAGGCAGAUGACUCCACCAGUAGUGGCCCAGCGACAGAUCACAAAAGAAGAGCACCGCUUGGACAGCCGCCAAGAGACUCAUCACCAUGUCGAGCACCAGAGAAUUCGGACAAGUGAGACUAGCAGUGAAGCUAAGACAGUGCAGGGGACGAGGCAGGCAGGGCCUCCCCCUGUUGCUCCCAGAGGAGGAGGUGACAUUGCUCAAGUGAAAAUAUCGGGUGAGGCUCUCAAACUUGUGCCUGUCAAGCAACCUGCAACAUUCCGCAUCAGUGCUCCUGACUUUGACCGAGACGACUUCCAGGUGACAAUCGCUGCACCCACUGGACGAGAGUUCCCUGUGCACAUGGAUGUGCCACAUCCCGGAGAGAUAGACGUCGAGUUUAUCACAUCUGAAGUUGGCGAGCACGUCAUUGAAGUGAAGCUGCAGGGACGACCACUGCCAGGUAGCCCCUUCCGAAGUCAUGCCUUUGACGCCACCAAGAUAAAAGUGGGAGACGUUCCCAAUGGAGUGGUUGGACAUCCCGUGGAGUUUGAGAGUAAGUGCAUUGUUAUUGAACAGAAGCAGCGAUGA